AUGGCUAGACACCAUGUUAUUUCCGGAAAUACCUCCGAAUACGUAGCAUAUAAUCAGGCUGGACAGCGAAGAGCUCCCCCAAACAGAUCUUCUUUUGGACCAGCAGCAGAAAAUAGAGCAGUAUCACUCCAGUAUACCAACUUAGACCCUAAUGAGCCACAGAUUCUCUUAAAACAAGUUGGAGAGCACACAAUUCCUAGCACCGAUCUAAUUAUUCCGGAAGCUCUAAAGUAUUCUCAGGCUCGACAUCCUUCUUUUCAAAAGAAUAGAAGACCUAGUGAUGGAGGACAUAUAUGGAACAACUAUAAUCAUUUUGCCGGACCCCAACAGCAACGAACAUACCGCCAAUCUUCUAAUCAGCAAAAUCUAUACGACGAAGAAGCUUGGGCACAACGACGACACGAAACUGGACAAAUUUCACCUCCGAUCAACUACUUUACUCAAUUUGCAUCUUUCAGCGCGUCUUAUUCCGGUAGCGUCACUCCCACCUACACCCCUCUCCAAAGCACAAAUCAUGAUAUACAAACCCCAAAUUUUCCACUAGCACCCUAUUAUCCCUCCGAUAAAACACAUCAAUUCGAUAACCGAGUCCAAUCUUAUAAUCCUCACACCAUAACGUCCAUGAACGCCGAACUCGACCUCCCCCCCUCCAUCGAUCCCUACGCCUCUCAAUUUAAAGAAGACUCUCAGACCUCCUCCGGAAAUUACAAAGGUAAUCCGCGCGCCGGCAUUCGCGGACUUUCCGAUCAUCUCAACUGUGCCCUCUGGCUCACCAAUCUCGCGGCUGACAUUCAAGCACACGAAGUUUUCGACGAAAUCCAUAUCGGUGCCGUUACUGCCUUUGAAAUCACUCGUCCGCAGGGAGAUUACAUCAUGUCUGCCGCAAAACUCGUCUUCAAACAUCCUGAAGCCGCAGCCCGGUUCAAAGACCAAUGCGAAAGUGAAGAAGGAGUGGUUAUUCGCGGACGCAGAGUCAACGCACGUUACAAACACAUUCGGAUAUCGUCAGUAUAA